AUGCAAGGCCUCCGACGAUCCCUCCGAGAAGCGGCAACACACAUCAACGUUGCCACUUAUCUCGAACUCGCAAGAGCCCUUCAAGAUGUUCAAGCUCAACGAAUGACAGCACAAGUAGAUGACACGGAUAACUCAGAUUCUGAUAGCAGUUCCAACGACGACUCCAAUGAUGAACUCGGAGAGAGCACCAAGUCAAAACUUCGGAAACUUAGGAAAACAAUUGACAAGCUCAAGGGAAAAGCCAAGGCCGACAUCAAAGAAUUUCGAUCUGGAAUUUUGUGUACUAAGUGCAAGAACGAAGGACAUCCGGCAAGUGACUGCAAGCUCCAAAUCUCCAAAUGCCAGAUCUGUACCAAAGAAGGUCAUGACGCCAAGACUUGCAGAUUUCGAAAUUCUCCAGAAGUUCGACAAGUCUCGAACUAUCCCCGACAGCAGUUUCGACAACCAUAUCCAAAUCAAUACUUCGACAAUUACCAGCCACCACCUCUGACAAACUGGAGACCACCGAGAAACAACUUCCAACACCAGAGUCGACAAUGGAAUGAUCAACCUCGCUAUAACAACUACAACAAUUACAACGACUACAACAACUACUACAACAAUCGACAACACCCGCCAAACCAGAACUACCCAGCAAACCGAGACAACAACAACCAAGGAUACCAACAAUACCCAAGAUACCAGAACCCAAGAUACCAAGGCCAAGGUUAUCAAGGCCAGGCCUACCAAGGCAACUACAACAACCGACCAUGGCAACCUCGACUUCAAAACCAAGGCGGUCCACCGAGACUUGGUCCACCGCCUCCUCGACAACAAGAUCAGAACCAGCAGCAACCACCAACAACAAGGAUGGUCGAGACCGACGAACUACCUUAUGCUGACAAUGACGACUCAGAUCCUCAAGUCAUGGCAGUACAAACCCGAGCACAAAUUUGA